CAAUGUAACACCCACUUUUUACUAUUUAUGUUUAAAAGAACUUACACCUGAUAUCUAACAUUUUAGAGACUAGAACAAUUAUUAUUUAAGGCCAAGUUUUUUUUUAUAACUAAAAUCUUUUUAGGGGCUUAUAUCAUAGAUAUGUCAGCCCCAUCGUACCCUUUACAUUACUUUACGUACUUUACAUUACUUGACUAUUACAUUUUCUUUAGGUACUCUAGAGAAUCGCUUGAUUAAUUAUACGUGGAGGACCAAAAUCAAAUUACACAACUUUUUCAUAAUCGCUGAAGAUGGUACAGAUAAAAUGCCUACAUCAAAUUUAUUUAUUUUAAAAUUGUUCACGAAUAUCUCACGUUCUAUUCCGUUCCGAGCACACUCCAUCAGCAAUAUCCAAAGGCAAGUGUUUAUUCACAGUCGAAAUAUGAGUUUGUUUUUAUUACGUCACAUUCAUUAUUGGUCGAUAGUUGGACGAGGGAACAACCCAUUGUUAUCGUUGAUGGAUCGACGGGAUUAAAGAUAAAGUAUGUACUUAUCGAAUAUUUAUGUCGAUGUCUGCGCUCCUGAUUGCACAGUGUCACUCGUUGCUUGCAGUUGUUAAUGAAUUAACAAAAUGGCAUCUCCACCUAAAAUUUCGUUAUACGUAGGGUGUAUGAAUGCGAUCAACACCGUCGCUCAUAUAUUAAUGGGUGGAGCAUUGUUCCUUACAUUUGCAUUAGCAGAUGGAAAUGAUCCCGCAUUGUAUAAAGCACACGCCUGUAUGACAAUUCUUGGGGUCACACUACUUUGCAGUCAAGCGAUACUGUCAGUUAACCCUUAUGUUGGAUUCGAAGACAAUUUUAUGUACCCACAGAAGUCGAAAACUUACUGGCUCAUUCAAAUACUUGGCUCUGUCUUGGUUCUAAUCGGAGCUUGUAUCGGUAUAGCCCUCGUUAGUGAAACUACUUUUGGCUUCGAACUUCCAUUUCCCACACCAGGCUUAGUCCUCGUGCAACACUUGCAAACUAGUCAUGGAAUCAUAGGUCUUUUAGUGUUGCUGUUGGCUGCCGUCAGUUUGUUUACACUACUUUGGAGUCAAGCACUGCUGUCAGUUAACCCUCAGAAGGGAUUCGAACACAAUUUUGUGUACCCAAAGAAGUCGCAAAAAUACUGGAUCAUACAAAUAAUUGGUCAUGCCACGGCGUUCAGCGGAACUUAUCUGGGGAUUUCCGCCGUUUCAGAAAGCAGAGAACAUAUUAUAAAUGGAGUAUCCGUGCAACACUUGGGUACUACUCACGGCCUCAUGGGUUUGGUGAUCAUGCUGCUUACUGCUGUGAAUUUAGUAGGCGCUUCUGCGAAUUUGCUAAAGGAGCAACCAAUAAAUGGCUAUAUGAACACUUUGUAUGUGGUUGUAGGAACUGUCACUUUAAUAAUGGCCUACAUAGUAAUCUGUAUGCAUUUUUUUUUUUCCACUACUCCUCUUGGUUACGAUAGUAGUCUGGAUUUUAAGACCAACAAUAAGUGA